UCUAGUUGAGCAGUUUGGGUGUAUACUGAGUACCCAAGUGCUGAGUGCUGCCAGUGGUGCUCCAUCAGGAAUUCAGUUCCAUAUCCUGGACAUUUACAUGGAGGAGUUGGCUACAGUUGGAGCAGAGGAGCUCACAGCAGAACAGAAUUUUAAGUUCAUUGAUCCAUUUUGUAAGAUCGCUGCCAAGACAAAAGAUCACCUUCUGAUGCAGGCAAUAGCACAUAGUAUAUUUGAUGAGAUUGUGGACCAGUCUCCAUUUGCCAUUGAAGACUUGAUGAAAGAGGUGCAGCAACAGGGAGGAAAUGUAUCCGAUGACUCAGAAAAUAAAGAUCUCUCCAAGUCGAAAAAAUCAACAGGACGGCAACUAAAUGGUAAAGAAGCAGAAAAAAAUGGGCAGAAUUUUGAAGAUGACUCUGAAGGUACCAUUGAAAUGCCUGAAGACGAUGGUGAGGAUAUUGGGCCUGUUCUUCAGGUUGACUACAAGGCAAUUGCGGACCGUCUCUUUGAGCUAGCUAGUCGAACCAGCACACCUCCCCAGAACAGAAAGAUCAUCUACAGACUGGUCAAAAA